AUGGCAUUCCCACUCUUCACACCUUCAAUUCUCCGCCUCGGGCUAGGCGUAGGCCUCGGCAUCUCCGCCGCAACCCUGCACCCACUCUCACCCUUCCGCGUCGCCCCAAUGCAGUGCCAAUAUAACGCGCCCUUCUCGCAGAGCAAUGCCGACACACCAUGGACAGUCAAGCCAGAAGAAACUCUCCUGCAGAAACAGGGCCGGUCAACUGGUCUGACCCAGGCGCGUGAGGGGUUCCUGACGAAGGAGAAUAUGCGCCAGGUUAGUCUGGGUAGUGUGUUGGGGCUUGUUGCUGGGGUGGGAUUGAGGGCGUUUUCUAAGGCUUUGGUUGUUCUUUUGGGUAUGGGAGUUGUUUUUGUCGAGUUCGCUGCGUCCAAGGGCUAUAACCUUCUUCCUCUCGAUCGGUUGCAGAAGUAUGUGAAGAACGUUGAUCUGCGUCGUGCUAUGUCCGAGCACCGUCCGUUCAAGAUGAGUUUCGGCGCAACGAUGGCGCUGGCGGCUUUUGCGCACUUCUGA